AAAGUUCCAUCUCCAAAUCGAAAGAAAACAAACUCCGCUGCAAAAUUAAAGUAAAAUCUGUAAAAAAUAAUAAAAAUGGAGAUUGUAAAGGAGCUGGUACAAUUUAUGCAGCCCAAUCAACGACUGGACUUAAAGGCAGUGGCAUUAACCCACGUCUUAGGUUUAACCGGCAGUGCAGAGGGCAAAUCAACAAUACUUUCGCUGGACGAAAUGCUAAUGGCAAUUUUUGGACUGACCUACGAUGAUAAUCAAACUGUGGCCAAGGAUGCGGUGUUGAGUUUGAUAAAUUUAACUGCUGAAGAGGAGUCUGCAAUUAAAGUCUUCCAAUUGGCAAAACAAGUGCAACCAGCCUUUGCCAUCGUGGAAGUGGCUGCAAAACAUAUAACAGACGAACAAUCCGAUUUGGCGGAUCCUUGGAGCAUGGUUUUAAGCAAUCUAACUCGCGUGGAAUCACUGGUCCAUGAAAUCCUGGACACUCUUGAAAGAGGGGAUCAGACACUGCCCCGCCUGGCAAAGGCCUUUGCCCAGCUGGACUACAACAAAAAGAAGGCCAAGCUGCACUAUCUGGCGCCUAUUUUCUGCAAUCUAACCCAAGUUCCAAAGGGCAGGGAACUAUGUUGCCACAGGAAGUAUCAACUCCUAGAGAAACUCCUGCCCUUCGCCUCCUUCGAAGGAAGUGUGGUGCGACGUGGCGGAACCAUUGGCAUCUUGAAGAACGUCUGCUUCGAUGUGGUUUACCACGACGUAAUCCUCGACGAACAGGUCGGCAUCCUGGUGGCCAUUUUACAACCUCUCUGCGGACCGGAGGAAUUCAGCGACGAGGACAACGAACUGCUGCCCAUCGAACUGCAGUACCUCCCUGAAACCAAAACACGCGAAGAGGAUCCGGAUCUGCGAAAAAUGCUACUGGAAUGCCUUCUGCAAUUGUGUUCCACGCGUCGCAGCCGAGAGAUCCUGCGAUCUAGGGGUGUCUACGAGAUUCUGCGGGAGUAUCACAAGUGGGAGGCCAAGGUGGGAAAAGACAGCGAUUGCCUGCUGGCCUGCGAGAACGUGGUGGACAUCCUGAUCAAAAAAGAGGAUGAGAUUGGCCUGGACAACUACAAAACCGAAGUUGAAGUGCCCGCUGAACAAGCCGAGAAGUUCGUACAGGAAGAUGCCGCCUAUGUGAAGACAUUGAUAGAUUAAAUCGACCCACAGCCUCCCUUUGUAAAUAUGUGUAGUGUUAGUUAAACUCAUAGACGAUAUCGAACUUUCAAUAUAUGUAUGCAGUUUUUUAUUCAGAAA